UGCAAGCUGUCAUUGCCAAAAAUAGUGUGGCACCAUCUGCCAAGGGAUUACCGUCGUUGCUCGCCCCAGGCUGCUCCCAAGCAGCUGGAGUUCGUCUCAUUGGCGUCACUCUUGACCAUGGGGGCCCAUGUCCAGCAGAUUGGCGCCCUCGAUCUUCUCUGCACCGGAGCGACACCUCUUAAUUAAUCAAUCAAUUAAUUUGGGGAUGCAUUCAUGACAUUCAGAAUAUUUUUAGAGGAAAAUCUUGGAACCCUUCCUUGUUAUUCCUCUCAAGUUGCCAGCUAACAUAUCUCAGAUCCUUGGCAGCAUGAUCGAACAGAUAUGGAGUAUUGCCCAUCCAUUAAUAGACGAUAGCGUUUGUGUACAGCGACAAGAAUUUGUGCUGGUAAUAUGUAUCAUUAGAUCUCAACUGCUAAUGCUUUCACCAGGAAACAAGUUCAGAUAUAAACAAUGUCAUCAAUUAGCAUCAUCUGUGGUGAUUAGCCCAUUCUUAACAGCAAGCAAGCCUGCUAUAUAUACCGGUGUUGACUGGGCCGACGGCGACCAGCUUAAAGAGGCCAUAGAUGGCCAGCUUGUUCUCUCUUCAAACUCCUCAUGAAGAACCAGUCAGCAAUUAUCAUCUGGGUUGCUCAUUUUGUAUGUAUACCUUCACCUGUUAACAGGUCUCCAUCAGUUUGUCCAUAUCAACUAUACCGACCAGCACCAACUAUCAUGACUAAUUGGCAAGGACCCCAAGUUGUCUAUUUAACAACAAUUUCAGUGAUAACAUUUUAUACUUAAGAUGCUUUCUGCUGCCUUCCUUGAAUUGCUCACUUCUGUGUUUCUCCAAAGUUUAGAUUAAGAAAUCUGAAGAGUUCAUAAGACCAAUUAUUGGGUUGGUAAGGGACGCAAAAGCGGUGCUAACCAGCCAGAAGGUGUGUAUAGCAAGAGCUUCCCCAAAGAGACUAGCAUUCCCAAAUCUGGCUGGAGUUUGGGGAACCGUGCAUAGAGUUUUCUUCAGCAAGGCAGGCUAGUAGGUGGCUAUUCUUUGGUUCUGUAAAAAAAAACAAGGACAUCUCGAGUUGAAGAUUAAAUCCAGCUAUCGUUCCCAAAAGAGACCCUAAAGAGACUAUCGUUCCCAAAUCUGGCCGGAGUUUGGGGAAGCGCUCAUAAAGUUUUCAACAAGGCAGAUAGCUGUCAAGGUGAAGGAAAUAGAGAAAGACCUUACUCACCUGUCUGAGACAAAAAAACGUUGGAUUCCCAUGAUGAACAGUGGGGAUACUAGCAGCUCAAAUUACAUUGUCAAGUCCAAAGAUCUAGCAAAUGUUUCACGUUCCCUUGAUGAAGAAGAACUAGUUGGGGUGGAUAAAAACAGAGAAAAACUUGAGCAGUGGUUGGCAGGUGGUGACUUGGAACGCAAUGUGAUAGCGCUGCUUGGAAUGGGAGGGCUUGGUAAAACAACUUUGGCUGCAAAUGUCUACAAGAAAGAGAGAGAUAAAUUCGAGUGCCACGCAUGGGUCUCCAUCUCACAAACUUAUUCUAGAGAAGAUGUCUUGCGGAAUAUAAUCAAGGAACUUUCCAAAGAUAAAGUCGGUGUUCUAUUUGACACAACGGCCAUGGAGAUCACAUGCCUUGAAGAGACACUAAAACUUUUUCUGGUGCAACAUAAGUAUUUGAUCAUAUUGGAUGAUGUUUGGACUCCAGAAGCAUUUGAUGAUAUCUUUAGGGCACUUAUCUGUAAUCAUAAGGGGAGUAGACUGAUAAUAACAACGAGAGAAGGUCGUGUUGCUGCACUUGCCUUCGAGGAAAUAUUUUUUACACUGGAAGCUUUGCCAGAAGACAAUGCAUGGUUUCUCUUUUGUAUGAAAGCCUUUCCGAGAGAUACAAAUCAUGAAUGUCCCGUGGAGUUGAAGCCUUUGUCCAAAGAAAUAGUUAGCAAGUGUAAAGGCUUGCCUCUUGUUAUUGUGUUAAUUGGUAGCCUCUUGCGUGUGCGUGAGAAAACUGUGGAAGAAUGGAGAACAAUAAAUGUUCAGUUGAGUUGGGAGCUAAUUAAUAAUUCAAGUCUCGAUCACAUAAGAAAUGUUUUGCAUCUGACCUACAUCUACCUUCCAACACAUUUGAAAAGUUGUUUUCUGUACUGCAGUUUAUUUCCAGAAGACUAUCUUUUUAGAAGCAAAUUGUUUGGAAGGUUAUGGAUAGCUGAGGGGUUCAUCGAGGAGAGGGGCGAAAGCACACUAGAAGAAGUGGCAGAAGUCUAUCUGAAGGAGCUGACUGACAGAAACAUGUUACAACUUGUUGAGAGGAACGCAUUUAGCGCAACAGUUGAAUUCAGAAUGCACGAUAUCUUACGUGAAUUGGCAAUUGACUUGUGCCAAGAACAGUUUGGUGUUACAUAUAAGGAUAAGUGUGGGCAGUCACUUGAGAUGGAUAUACGCCGAUUGAUGGUGCACAAACUAAAGAAGGAUAUUCAUCAUCAACCACUUUCUAGCACCCACCGACUUCGAACUAUCAUUACUCUGGAUGAUAGCAUGCCAUCUUUCAGUCUAGUAACCCUGCUAUGCAAGGAUUCGAGAUAUAUGGCCGUCCUAGACUUAAGUGAUCUGGCCAUCGAGAAGAUUCCAGAUGCGAUUGGAGAUCUCUUUAAUCUCCGCUAUUUGGGUUUGCGUAAUUCAAAGGUGAAGAUUCUACCGAAAUCUGUAGAGAAGCUUUCAAAUUUGUUGACACUAGACCUUUUUGGAUCUGACAUACAUCAGCUGCCUAGAGGAAUUGUGAAACUGAAGAAGCUUAGGCACUUAUUUGCUGUGAAAAUAAUUGAUACAAAUUGGCGAAAUUUUCAUUCUUGCAGUUGUAUGUAUCUCCCCAAUGGUCUUGAAAAUCUAUCAGACCUGCAAACGCUACAAGCAUUGGAAGCACAAGAUGAGUCUAUCAGACAUUUAGGGGAGCUGAAGCAACUGAGAAGAUUGAGGUUAUGGAAUGUGAAGGGAAUCUACUGCGAACGCAUCAGUGAGUCUCUAGUUCAGAUGCAGUAUUUGUGUAGCCUAUAUGUCAAUGCAAGUGAUGAGGACGAGGUUCUCUUGUUGGAUGUCUGCCUGCCAAAUCUACAAUGCCUAUCUUUGAGUGGACGGUUAGCUGAAAGGGUGUUGGAUAAGUCUACUCUCUUCCAAGCUGUUGGAGACCUGAACUUGUUUGAAUUGUCUCUACGUUGGUCACAGCUAAUAGAAGACCCACUGCCGACACUUUCUCGGUUGUCAACUUUGACGCUUCUACGAUUCAUUAGAGCAUACAAUGGAGAGCGGCUGGCGUUUCUCACGGGGUGGUUUCCCAAGCUGAAGACUCUUCACUUAGUAGACCUGCCUAAUCUGAAUCAGCUAGAGAUACAACAAGGUGCCAUGGCGAGCCUAGAAGAUUUAGCACUAGUCAACCUGAGCAGCAUGACCGAGGUCCCUACUGGAAUUGAGUUCCUUAUGCCCCUCCAGUAUCUAAGCUUUCUGGAAAUCACCAGUGACUUCUUGAUACUGCUGCACCAAUGUUCUGCAACUCGAGGGAAGCAGUGGCAGCAUACUCUCCGGAGUUGACCUGAUUAUUUGGUCGUGAAAUGUUUAUGUAAUUGUUUGGGCUGUAUGCAUAUGUCAAGGAAAAGGAAGGAUUCGAUUCAGUGAGUUAAGGUGUAUGCUUCUAUAAUCUUGCUACUGCUCCAACUUGCUGCUGGUUCCACCUCCACUACGGUGUGUGCUGCUGCCACUACUGUUCGUGUGCUUUUGCUUCUCAAGUGUGAUGGUAUUGCCUGGCUGUGGCUUUAUUGUGUUUUUGUUUUCCGACUAGUUUCUGCAUUACCUGUUUGAACAAUGUACCGCUAUUCGUGUCUGCUUGUUGUGAAUCAUAUAAGAUAGCUCCUACUUCAGUUGUGUCUGUAAAAUAAAAGAAUAGGUUUGUAAUUUGCAAUGCUCUGAUAGUAAUUAUUUGUAAUGAUAUUUGUUUUACUUCCUUC